UCACACCUGGGUGACACCCACUAGGCAAGAUGCUUCCAGUCUAGGUCGCUGGCUGGGAAGGACCUAUUCAUGGUAAUGGGCCGUUAGAAAGAACAAUAGGCCUUAAGAGAAGCUUAUCCCACACUGGGUGAACCAUCCUGAGAACACUCCAGACAGCCUGUAAGCAAUGGCUGCUACGACACUACAAGGGCAUGUGACCAGGCCACACGACGCUGGACUCCAUCUUGAGAUGUCGCUCUUUUUCCACAAACCGGUCUGGGGAACCAAGUUUUGAAACAAAGCGUUCCCGCCGUAGGCUAAAGCUGUGUAAGGCAGGGGAGUGACAUCGUCUGUUGCUCUUCACUCCCCACACAAGAAGACUCCUGGAAAGACCUGAGGAAGUGCUGGGCCCAGGCUAAAGGGAUUUCUAGCCUGUGUAUGAAGACCUGAGAAACCCAAGCUGUAAAGCUUAUGCAGCUUGUGCCUUAAGAAUCUGAGUCUGAGUCGGAAAACAAGCUGGAUGGAGAGACCGCAUCGGACAGUGAAAGCAAAUCAGAGUUUGGAGGGGCCCCUCCUGCACCUACAUCAGAUGACACUCCCGAGGUCUUAAACAGGGCCCUCUCCAACCUAUCCUCAAGAUGGAAGAACUGGUGGGUCAGAGGGAUCCUCACUCUGGCAAUGAUUGCAUUCUUCUUCAUCAUCAUCUACCUGGGACCCAUGGUUUUAAUGAUGAUUGUGAUGUGUGUCCAGAUCAAGUGUUUCCAGGAGAUUAUCACUAUUGGCUACAAUGUGUAUCGCUCAUAUGAGCUGCCCUGGUUCAGGACCCUCAGCUGGUACUUUCUGCUGUGUGUAAACUACUUUUUCUAUGGCGAGACGGUAACGGAUUACUUUUUCACCCUGGUUCAGAGAGAGGAGCCCUUGCGAAUUCUCAGCAAAUACCAUCGCUUCAUUUCCUUUGCCCUCUACUUAACAGGCUUCUGCAUGUUUGUCCUGAGUCUGGUGAAGAAGCAUUACCGUCUCCAGUUCUACAUGUUUGGUUGGACCCAUGUGACUUUGCUAAUUGUUGUUACCCAGUCGCACCUCAUCAUUCACAACCUGUUUGACGGGAUGAUCUGGUUCAUUGUCCCGAUUUCAUGUGUGAUCUGCAAUGACAUCAUGGCCUAUAUGUUUGGGUUUUUCUUUGGCCGCACCCCGCUCAUCAAGCUUUCCCCAAAGAAGACCUGGGAGGGUUUUAUUGGCGGGUUCUUUGCCACUGUUCUGUUUGGACUGCUGCUGUCGUACUUGAUGUCUGGAUACCGGUGCUUCACCUGUCCUGUGGAAUUCAAUAACGACUCCAACAGCUUCACUGUGGAUUGCGAGCCAUCUGAGCUGUUCCAGCUACAAGAAUAUAACAUCCCCCUGGUGAUUCAGUCUGUCAUUCGCUGGAAAACAGUCCGGAUGUAUCCCUUCCAGAUCCACAGCAUCGCCCUCUCCACCUUUGCUUCCCUCAUUGGGCCCUUCGGAGGAUUCUUUGCUAGUGGGUUUAAGAGAGCCUUCAAAAUCAAGGACUUCGCCAACACGAUCCCAGGGCAUGGCGGGAUCAUGGAUCGCUUUGACUGUCAGUACCUGAUGGCUACCUUUGUCAACGUGUACAUUGCAAGUUUUAUCAGGGGUCCUAACCCAAGCAAACUGAUCCAGCAGCUUUUAGCUCUGCGGCCAGACCAGCAGGUCCACAUCUUCAACACGUUAAAGGCGCACCUUGUUGAUAAGGGUAUGUUGGCCAAUUCUGAGAACGCAUAGGCAUCCAGGCAGUUGGAACAGGACCGAAAAAGAGGGCAAGUCCCCCAAGGAAAUCCAAGCUCGCCUGACCUAAGACAAUAACAAGGCCUCGUUUCACUGUUGUUUUUUUCUUUCCUUGUAAAUGUUUGCAUUUGUGGGGUUUUGGGGUUUUUUAUAAUAUGUAUUUAUAUGGCUUUGGUUAAAAUAAGCAAAGUGGAGCUUCUAGAUGGAAAGAAAUCAAGAACUGAAGGGACCGUAGGGCGAAGAUGUCCUCUCCGAUCUGCGUGGCAACUCUUGUCUUCAAUGUGUAUGGGCAGAACUUGACUUCACGACUCCUAGGGGAUGUGUGCAUGCUUUUUUCUGCCCGGGCGCAGCUCCGGGAGCGUAAGCUCUAGUGAAGAUGAGACUCGGGCACUUUUACAUCAGUAUCCUCUAACCCGGCCAGGCUGUGUCUAUACUAAGAAAAUUGGAAGCCAUGCAACUCUGUCAGUGGAAUAGAGAGGGCACUGGUUUUUUUGCUACCUUGUGUAUCCCUGUAUGUAGGCUAGGGAAAUUGGGGACCUGUAAUUAUCCACUGGUGGUAGCUCAUUGAUGAAUUUGGGUCUUCAUUUUCCUAGUAUAGCCAUAGCCUGGGUGUGCAUAGAACUUCUUGCAGGUAGAGAACAAAAAGCUCAACAAAUCUGAAAGAAAUGUUUGCCCUAAUCCUGCUACAUAAGGUCCACACAAGAAGACACGUGCAUACGCUUCGACUUGCCAUCUUUGUAGUACCUCCCACAUUUCCCCAACUCCAGCAAAUAUUUAACAAAGUCGAUUUUAAACCCACAUUUUUACUGUGCCAUUUAAACAAAAAUAGACCCAACUAAUCUUUACAUCAAUGACAAGAAUACAGAAAGGGGAAUGUGAGAGGUUCAGGUUGCCUCUAAGGUGAAUCAAAUAACUUAUUUUAAAAAGCAUUCCAGUUUUAUUUAAGAAAUCCUACUGAGUAAGAACAAGCUUUUAAAAAAUUAUUUGUUCACUUUUUCAUGGCUUCUUUUCCACCCAGAGCUUAAUAUAUAUAUUUUUUUAAAUACUGAAGCAUGAAAACGUCUCUCAAGAGUAGGAGAUACCACACCCUAAUAUUUUAGCUGUUUGGAGAGCUAUCACUCACAGAACUUUAUUUUCCCAUUUGGAAGUCCGGAGGGCAUAGUACCCAGCUGGCUCUGCUGUUGUGGUGGGUUUUAUUUUCUGGUGUGGGGAGGGUUGUUUGGUUUUUUUGUUUCAUUUUUUCUUUCAGGGAUCAUGUCUGCCAAUGAUGGAUGACUUGAGUUCGAGACAUCAUGCUACUGAGUUUACCGUGGUCUGGGUUUGGUCAGCUUUCCAGGCUUCUCUCCUUUCUCCGUCACUGACUCAGUCUUGUUUUAUGUAUGUUGCACUUAACAUUUGGAAACAUGUAAUUGUUUUCCAGGUAUUUCCCUCUAUUUCUUGACUUCAAACAUACCAUAAUUUUUAAAAAAUAAAAUAAAUAAAUAAAUGGAAACGCAAUCUAACGGACUUCAGAGGUUUCCAAGAGUCAGAAUGAUGAUUUGUGAUGUAACAACACAAAAAUUCAUUUUAGCAGUGGGUUAUAUUAACAUUGUCAUGUAUCAGGGAACUCUGUUUUACUGUGACUUCUCUCCAUAGUUUGUGUGUGAGCCAGGCUGUGAUGAGAAAUACAUUUUAUAUAUUUGUUGAACCUGGGGAACAAUUGACAGGGAAAGAUGAUAUAGAGAUGCUGUUGUUCGUGUCUUGAAAGCAAGUCACUGUCCUAUGUCUUCAACGCAGAUCUAUAUUUGAAGCUAGCUAACCUAGCAACUGAAUAUAAAGUCCCUGAGAUCAUUCUGUAUGCUUUACUCCAUAGUCUCAUGCCACCACUGCUUCCACAUACCUCUGGCGUAUUUUUAUCUUGACAGCAGCCACUUCCUCCUCUCCCUGUACUGGAGUUCCGGAGGGCAGAGAUUCGCAUCUGCGGUGCUACACACACAAAUAUUUGAUCAAAAGCAAAAUGGUGCUGAGAGAAUAUUAAAGCAGAGCCCAGGUGACAUGCGAUUUAAGGGUUGGACUCUGCACCAUGCAAGACAUCCUCAGCUCCUGGUGCUCAGCAAAUUGCAGGACUUGCCUGUUUCUAUGGUCCCAAUUCAGGGUAGUAUUGAAGCAUUUUUGCUUAAUUUUUAAGCAAAUGCUUUCCUGAACUGUAGGCUUAGAGCCCAGUGUCGUGUCUACUGAAAUCCUUGGGAGUCUUGACUUUGACUUAAAGGCAUUACAUUCGGGCCCUUAAUUUGGUUUCAAAGGAGAUUUAGGAGGCUGUUUUUAAACCUUUCUUCCCUUAGGUUUUUUUGGGGGGGGUUAUCACCUGGCAAAACAAAAGUUUCUUCUCUUUUGGAUACUUCCUGUCUGAUACCAAUAUCUUCUGGAAUUCCUGCAUACUAAACUGUUUGAGCAGAUGUUCAUAAACAAGUUAUCACGUGGACCUACAGUACUGUGUAUUAAAUGAGAUUACAAUGUAGUGAUCUAUAGAAAAAACACACUUUCACCUGUUUUCAUGUAAGAAUUUGGUCCUCCCCCGGCAUCUGUUCUACAUCUUCAUACUUUUUUACAGUUAUUAGGUGUACUUUUUUUGAGGAAGCUUAUGAUUUUAAACUAUAGGAUUUGGGGUUUUCUUGACGUUGGGCUGUUUUAAUACUGACUGUGAACACUGGAGGGCAUACUGUGUUCUCGAGUGUCUGCAUACUUCUGUGAGAUAGGAAUAGCCAUCCACCUAUCAAAUUAAAACCUUUCUGAACUAGGCCGAGUGCAGUUUUUCAAACCUGGGUUCAUACGUUUUCUCUACUUCUGCCCCCUUUUCAACCUUGAAGUGAAGUAAAACGAACCUUCAGACCUGUCAGGUAUCCUGAUAAAUUAAUUCUAUGUGUAAAGGCGCUCAUAAGUGCUGUUUCUUGUUAGUGUCCUGCGUAUGACUGCUCUUACUCAGCAAUUCUCAUGUACACAGUAGUGUACAGCAUGGCUUAUUGGAAGUGUACAAUAAUUACACUGGUUUAACAUCCAAGGGACUAUGGGAUAACACCCUGUGUAUGCUGUACAGAAAGUUACGUACCAGAAGGAUGGAAUCCUCUGCUUUGCAUAAGCUCUGUGGUGCGGCCUGUCUUCAUUGCACUGAUCCACUGGUUUAUUAAAAGCCCUGUAUUUCUCCUCCCUGCCCCCCAUAUGCAGCGCAGAGCUCUAUAGUUUGGAUCAUAGUUGAAAUUGGCUCUGAAACAGGUUUACCAGCCAGAGAAUUUCAGCCUGUGCAUGGUAACUGCACUGCAACAGAGUGAAUGCAAGUUAUACUAUUGUCUAGCUUCCAAGCAAUGACCUUCUUAACCCUCUGUAUGCUGGUAGUUUGCCCUAAGCGGUUCAAAUUGGCCACCCCAAAAUGAGAGGCCACUUUUAGAAACUUGUGUAGUAAGUGACUUGUCUAAGGCUACAGAGGAGGUAGGAGUUAAUGUGUGAGCCAGGGUUUAAAAACCUUGAAGUUACAGUCCAGUGUUUGGGUUCUCGCCUGCAUAAGGGAGGAUUUGAGCCAGAAACUUUAAUUUUGCCUCAUGUCAACAAAAUCAGGAUGUAAAUCUGAAUAUUAAGAGUGCACUUUGGAGUCCAGCAACUUUAACAUGUGUAUCUGUGUGUGUUGUGCAGGUGACUAGGUCCUUCCCUCGCCAAGUGUUUAACCUUGGUCCUAACACAGCUCUUGUGAGCCCUUAGGUUUAGUGACUUUGAAAGAUUAGUGUGUAGCUAGUGCUCAUGAAACACACUGCUGACAACAGAGCUGCCUUGGCAAGACUUUCAUAAAGGAGCUCCCCAGAACUUUUUCCUAUAGCUGAAAUGCACGAAAUCAAGAGCCCCUGCAAGUGACCUGUAUGCUGUGGCAGCUGCUUUGUGAGUACUUAGGUUAAAGGGAAGGUCCUCUCGGCUUGCUGUACAAGGAGACAAACUGCAAAAGCAAAGUCGCUGGUGUGUCAGAACAAGUGGUUGAGGAACAGAUGCAACAGCUCUGUGGUUGUCUAAGCUAAGAGGGAGGUGUAACAUUGCUCAUUCUGGGUCUCUGAAUUAACCCAAAACUGUGAAAGGGCUUCCUUGCUGUCUGUUUAGAAAUGGGCUGGUUCUGAAACUACCUGCUAGCAAGGUCAAAUGAAAUGGCCAAAAUAAAUGUAAAGGGAUUUUUAGAAUGCUCUAGUAAGUGAGGGGAAUGCUGGAGACUGAGGCCCUGAUCCUGCAACCAGUUGGACAGGGGGACCCAUUGCAUCCACAAGCAGAGCCAGGGGCCUAAAAUCCUCUGCUUGGAGAGAGGUGUCUCCAUAGAUGAUCGUAGGUAGGUAACGUAGUUGAGUACAAGGAACUAAGAGGCCAAAGGUUAGAGGAUGCUACGUGGUCAGCGAUGGUGAGUGGAGGUGACAAUGUAGGCAGUUGCUGGGGAGUACUAGCUGAAACGGCCUGGUAACAAGGGAUGACUGGUCCUUCUGAAUACAUAUUGAUGAGUUGACCAAGUUCAGUUGCACAUCCUUUGAAAAAUUCCUUUAUAUUCUUUGUCUGAGCUAAAUGAAAAUAUAAGCAAGCCAUGAAUGAGAUAGCAGCUGGAACCAAAUGUCUGCAGGUAUUCGUUUUGAUGAGCAUAGUAUCCAGUUUUCUCUGUUUUGCUUAAAUCCAUUUAAUUCCCCAAAUAUGCCCGGUGCCCGGCUCAUUUUUACUAUGGGUGGUGCAUCUGUCAAGGAUACUUAGUUUGGUUCUGCUGUCUUUUGUUAGUACUAUCUUUCCAUUCAGAGACAUCAUAAUUAGCAAACCUCACUCCUUGGGAUAGAAUUCCAUUACUGCCUGUAUGCGUUGGGUUCUCCUCUAAUCUGAAAUGUGAGCAGAUAUUGCUCUUUUAUGUUAAAACCCUAGCUCUCCAGCGAAGGAAUGGUCGAUCUUGGCAUGUGUUGUCUUAUCCGAAUAGAGCCAAGGAGCUGGAGUUCAGUUUGUAGUCAGGAGAUUUGAUUGGCUGAAUGCUGAACUUCAGAGCCAUACAGGUGGUGGUUUCUCCCCUUGCAAAGGAAGUGCAGAAUACUACAGGAAAGCAGUAGGGGGCUGUUGAAGGUUCGUCAUGUACUGAGGAUAGACCGUAAUAGUAGCCUUUCCAUUAAAGGCCUAAAAUAAAAGAGGGCAAGCUUGGUAAAUGUUAGCAGCAUUUAAAAUGCCUGAAUACUGAUUGGGGCAAACGCCUACAGGUAGGCUGAGUUUGGUUCUAAGCAGCCACACGCUGGUUGCCAAUCGCUUUGGAAGCUUGGAGCAGUUUAGCUGGCGUUUCCAACUGGAAACUGACUUCUCCAAACCCAGUUGCAGCCCAAGUUACGCUGUGGAUUAGACCCAUCUUGACCGAAGGCCAGGAGUGGCACAGAAUGCACAGCAUAGAGCCUCAUUAUCGUCCAGGUUCUGCUAGGCUUACUCGGGUUGAGUGGUUCCUUACUCCACAGUAGUAUCUUUCCUGUGUGUACUCCCCUGGACUUGAUUCUACUCGCUCUGAGUAAUCCUAAUUAGCAGAAUCAAGCCCUAAGGAUCUGCUCCCAUUUGAUUGGGGGGGGGAUUUUUGCCAUUGACUUCAGUGGGAAAUCCUACAGCACCACAAAAACCUGAAGCACCAGUAAGUACAUUGCAGAGGCCUUUGGGAAUUGUUGAUUUCACAUGGAUCAGGGCAGGUCUCCUAGUUUCGUGCAUGCAUCCGACUCCCACAAGCACACAGGCCAAGGCAAUCACUGUAUGCGAAGAGGGGAGAAUUCUCCAUCUUCCUGCAAAAAAUUUCCUGCUAGUUCUGUAGACUUGGAAAAUAGAUGUAACCAUGCAAAAACCAUCCACGGUGGCCAUCAAGACUUGGUGGGGGAGACAACCAUUUUAAAAUUGGAGUCAGCAUGCAUCUGUCAUCAUGAGGGCUUGUAUACCUCCCGACACCCGUAGCCAAACCCAGAGUUACAUUUUUGUACUACAGUAAUUUUCCCUCUGGGUUACUGUUCCCCAGCUCUGAGGCGUCCUCUGCCAUCUGCUUACUUCUCUGUGCAUUGUUUUUGAUCGAUGUUUUAGCAAUACGUGUAGAUUUGCCUUUUUGAUUGAAUGUCAGAAUGUGAUAUAUUGUAUAUUUUAAAGUAUUUACCUUAUUUAUAUACUGUAUGUUACUGUUAAAUAAAUAUGUAAGUUCUACUA